AUGGCAAGAUAUUGGUGUAAUCAGUGUGAAAUAGUAAAUUCUUCAAAGCAUAAGAAUUCAGUACAACGAUCAAUAUCAAAGUUACAUCAAAAGAAUAAAAAUAUUCAUAAAGAGAAAGUAGAAGCUGAAAGGGAACAGAGGAAGUUGAAUAAAGAAUUGGGGAUUAAGAGUGAUUAUAAACCUGAGUUUAAGAAGAAAAUUAAGAAAGAUGAAGAAGUGAAUGAAGAAGAAGAAGAAGAUACAAAGGAAUCUGAUGAACCGAAUAUUGGGGAAUGGUCAGUAGUUGAAAAAGAAGAUACCACAAGUAACAAACCAACAUUAGCAGAACAUUCUACAGUUCCAAACAAACCUAAGAAGCAAUUAUCCACUGCAGACUUAGAAACAAAGAAUUGGAACUUAACAAAAUCAAAACAAAUUGAUCUAAGUGAUUCAGAUGAUGAUACAAAGAAGAAACCAACAUUAUUUAAAAAACGUAAAUUAAAGACGUAA